AUGGAAGCAUGUUUUGAUGAGAGCGAGAAGGGCUGCCUAUUGAAUAAUGGAAAGAGUCCUUUCUUUACUGUAAUGAUUGAAGAAGGCUUCUUAGAAGUUCUGUUAUUUCCUCCAAAGUUUGCUAAAUCGGUUUCACAUAUGAUUGAUCGAGAAAUCAAUCUGGAGGACUCAUGUGGACUAUUAUGGAGGGUAACAGUAUGUAAGCAUAACGGUUCACUGGCUAUUAAACAAGGAUGGCCGGAGUUUUCAUCAGGACAUGAUGUGAAAGUGGGCGAAUUCAUAGUGUUUCAGUAUGUUCCUAGUGAUGAACACUUCAUUGUUCAAAUAUUUGGAACAAGCGGUUGUGAAAGGAGGACUCUUCCAAAACCAAUUAGCCUAGUGGGUUAUUUGCAUCAAGUAAAAUAUAAUCUAACAGAGGACAAUCAUGUUGUCAGAAGUGAGCUUGCUGAUUCAAGAGACACACCAUCCGUUAACACAAUCAACUAUUGCUGUUUGGUAGAUGUUAAUGGUCAGAAUUUUCUGAAAUUAUCAGAAUCCUGGCGAAAAUAUUUGCCCGACGGACAAAAAUUUGGAAGGUGCAUUGUUUUUCUUCGAAGUCCAGAUAAAAGAAUUUGGCCUACCUAUUAUCAUAGCAGAUCAAAGUUUGAUGUUUUAACAAGUGGAUGGGAUAAAGUUACUGCAGCUUAUGACAUGAAUGCGGGAGAUAAAUGUCUUUUUCAACUUGUAGAUCAGCAGGGACGUCUAUUUAAUGUACGCAAAGUAUUUGGAGUUGAUAGCCUCAAGCAGUUAUAA